AUGCAAACUCAACCACCUAGACGUCCACAGGGGAAGAAACCACCUAAGCGUCUGAAUAUUGACAAGCUGAAUUAUGUCAACGUCAAGCAGCAUGUCGCUAGUGAGCUGGAUGAGAAACUUGAGUCAUUGCCCUUGAAUUCUGGCAACAUUGAGCAGGACUGGGCAGACUUCAAGAAUACUGUACACUUGAUAUGCAGUGACAUACUGGGUCCUAAAACACACUCUCAUCAGGACCGGUUUGAUGAAAACAAUGAGGCCAUAGACAAGCUGCUAGAAGAACAGGACUGGUUUGAUGAAAACAAUGAGGCCAUAGACAAGCUGCUUGAAAAGAAGAACAGGCUCUUAAAGUUAAACCUUUCAAACAAGACUCCAGCCAACACAGCUGCUUUACACAAAGUAAAGCAGACUGUCCAGACUGAAUUGAGGCGUAUGAAGGACAGAUGGUUCAUUCAAAAGGCCGAUGAAAUCCAGGGCUACGCAGACACCCACAAUUCCAAACGCUUUUAUCAAGCUGUUAGAACACUGUAUGGACCUCAGCCUGCUGGUACAUCACCACUGCUGUCCGCUGAUGGAACCAAACUUAUCACAGACAAGCCUGGCAUUCUUGAUAGGUGGGCAGAGCACUUCGAGUCGGUUCUAAACAGGCCAUCGUCAAUCAGCAUCGAGGCAAUCAAUCGCCUACCUCAGACCCCAACUGACACAACACUUGACAACCCUCCUUCCGCUACAGAGAUAGAAAAGGCUAUAAAGCAAAUGUCAACUGGCAAAGCUCCUGGGGCGGACGCCAUUCCAGCCGAGAUCUAUAAAUUGGCAGGUCCAACUACUAUUCAGAAACUGACUGAACUCUUCCAGUCAAUGUGGGAAAAGGAAACCAUACCUCAAGACCUUAAGGAUGAAUCAAUAGUUUACCUCUACAAGCGCAAAGGAAACAUACAGUCCUGCGACAACCACCGAGGAAUUUCACUCCUAUCCAUCGCUGGAAAGAUCCUUGCACGCAUACUGUUGAACAGACUUCUUCGCCACCUUGAGAAUGGUCUCUUACCUGAAAGUCAGUGCGGAUUCCGCUCAGGUCGUGGAACUGUGGACAUGAUCUUUGCUGCCAAACAACUGCAAGAGAAAUGCCAAGAACAGAACGCCAGCCUCCACACAACAUUUGUAGACCUCGCGAAAGCGUUUGAUACCGUCAACAGGACUGGUUUAUGGUUAAUCAUGGAGAAAUUUGACUGCCCACCAAGGUUUAUCACGAUGGUACGUCAAUUCCAUGAUGGCAUGCAGGCCCACGUUCUUGAUGAUGGCAAUCAAUCUUCACCCUUUGAGGUCACAAACGGUGUCAAGCAAGGUUGCAUUUUAGCCCCAAUGCUGUUCAGCAUGAUGUUCACUGCUAUGCUGGCAGAUGUCUUUUCUGAGAGUGACCCAGGCAUUGACAUCAGGUACCGCACGGAUGGGGGGUCUUCAACCUGCAGCGCCUGAAAGCCAAGACCAAGGUUCACUUCAAAAGUCUGAGAGACCUUCUCUUUGCAGAUGAUUGCGCCCUAAAUGCCUCAACAGAGCCUGACAUGCACCAAAGCCUGAACAGAUUUUCGGAUGCUUGUGACAACUUUGGUUUGACGAUAAGCACUAAGAAAACUGAGGUCAUGUUCCAACCAGCACCAAACAGCCCUUACAUUGAGCCGAACAUAUACAUCAAGUCUGAACGCCUCAACCCUGUGGAGAAGUUUACAUACCUUGGUAGCCCCUUAUCCAGAAACGUCCACAUUGAUGACGAAGUCAAAUCCCGCAUAGCUAAAGCAAGCUCAGCCUUUGGCCGCCUGAGUUUGGGGCCGCCAAGGCAUUACCACAGCGACAAAGCUCAGCGUGUACAGAGCAGUUGUACUGACAACCUUACUCUAUGCAAGUGAGACCUGGACGGUAUACCAGAGACACACCAAGAAACUAAACCACUUCCACACAGUAUGCCUCCGGAAAAUUUUAGGCAUCAGAUGGCAGGACAAGACCCCAGAUACUGAGGUUCUAAGCCGUGCUAACAUGUACAGCAUCGACACCAUGCUGCGGUCAGGUCAACUCCGCUGGGCUGGUCAUGUUCGAAGAGUGGAUGACACCCGCAUCCCGAAACAGCUCUUGUACGGUGAGCUAGAAAAUGGCUCACGCUCCAGAGGUGGCCAGAAAAAGUGGUACAAAGACUCCCUGAAAGUAUCCACCAUGACCACCAAGCUAUUCCACAUCAAACCUGACACAUGGGAAGAUCUAGCUCUUGACCGAAAUGCCUGGCGCUCUAGCGUGAAGAGGGGAGCAAAGUUACACGAGGAGAAUCGUAUCAGUCUGGCAAAACAGAAAAGGGCUAAGCGAAAGGAGAGAGAAGCAUCGGCAGCAGCUCCAUCCGGACCGUCUUGUCCAGAAUGUGGAAGGACGUUCCAUGCGAGGAUUGGACUUGUCAGCCAUCUUCGAACACACAACACUCAACACAGAAACUAG